AUGUCCGGGGAGGAAGAGGAUCAACAACAAAAACCAAAUCAAGCCGACGAUGAGAGUAAUAAUAAUAGUGUUAUACAACCCGGACACGAAGAACAUCUCGGUUCGAAUGUUGAUUCGUUAACCAUGUCAUCGUCUUCAGAAGGUAAAAACAGCGAACAUUCAGACGAAAGACGUUCAUUUCCGCAUAAUAAGAACCAGAACCAUUCAGAUGAUGAUGAAAAUGUAUCACGUCGAUCACAUUCGAUAGCGGAAGCGAGAGAAUGGAGACGAAUUCGCAACUUUAAACAAAAACUUGAAACUGAACAACGAAAAUUAGAUGCAAUAAAAACGCAACAUGAAAAAUUAUUACAACAAUUUGUGUCCAGACACGGAAGAAAACACCACUUUUUCAAAUCGAAAUCAUACAACGGCGAUCUUGAUCAUGGGCUACUGCAGCCGCAAAUCGAAACUGAAUAUAUAGCAUCGCUUCCACUCAUGUACAAUACAAAACAUGACAAAGGUAGAAAAGUAAAACAGCUACAAAAUCAUAAAGCAACUAUCGUUAAUAUUAUCGAACAACCACCAGCUGUUUCACUCGUUUAUCAACCUAUUUAUUUAUCACGGCAAAUUGCACUGGCACAGCGUAGGAUGUCAUCUCAACGAAAAAAAUCAGCCGGACGCACUAUACGACCGAUGGAGCGCGAAUAUGGAAUAAUCGACAUAUUACAACAAUCAGAAUGUAAUAAUAGUUCUAUAUAG